AUGGCCACAGAUGCGCACUCAUCUGAGCAAGUCUUCCAACAGUGCUCCAGCUCGGCCCGGCACAUCCUCUGGUCUUCUCGGACUGCGGUACGUGACCGGAGAGUUGGCUGGUGGGUGGUGUGGCUGGAAAGCGAGACAACCGAGAGGGUUGCUCGCCACGCAGCCAGACGAGAUGCUCCGCCGUCUGCCGUUCGAGACCUCGCUGGGGAGCAGGUGGACCCCAGAACAAGGAGGAAAGCGGAGAAGGCCGCCGUGGAUGCUCUCUACGACUACGUGGAGAUUCCGCGAGCUGCGGAAGCGGCGGGUGUUGCUGCGGAAGCGGCGGGCGGCGCGGGAGCGGCUGCCGCGGGAGCGGCUGCUGCGGGAGCUUCUGCCACGGGAGCGGCUGCGGAAGCAGAGCCGCUGAGGUACCCCGUCCUCAACGUCUUCAAUGCCUGGGAAGCUUUGGCGCGGGAGUCGCCAGAUUUCCAGCGUCUACUCCAGGCGAAGGCGGCAGGCGGAAGCCUCAGGCUCCGGUUUUCUGUUUACGGUGACGAGGUGACGCCCGGCAACCCGUUGGCGCCGGACAACCGGCAAAGGGCGUAUUGCUUUUACAUCAGCGCACUCGAGUUCGAGGAGUUCCUCCUGUCCGAGAUGUGCUGGUUCGUGCUCACCGUUGUGCCCACUGUCACCAUGAAAACCGUCAAGGCAGGAUUGUCUGGCUUUGUACGAUGUUUGUACCGCCACCUGCGAUAUCUGCAGCUGGGUGCCAAUAUCCAGCUCGGCGGAAGUCAGCUCUUCGUGCAUGGUGCUGUUUCGCAUUGCUUGUAUGAUGCAGCGGCUUUGCAUGGAGUGCUGGGAAGCACCGGACAGUCAGGAAACAAGCCUUGCUUCCGCUGCGGCAACGUUUACAGUCGCUUCAAGAAGUUGCCGCCAGACGCUGACCGCCAAGGCCUGCGAACUUUGAAGGCCACGGAAAAUCAGCUUCGCACUAUGACAAAUGAGCACAUCUUCGAGGUGGUGGACCAUGUCCUGGCGGCAUCCCGAACCCAGCCGACAACCAAAGUCAAGCAACUUGUCACAGACGUUGGCUGGAAUGCUCUGGAAGGAAGCUUGCUCACGGACGAUGCUACUCGGCGCGAAGUGCCACCUUUGACGCACUACUUCGAUCCCAUGCAUGUCUUCUUCGUGCAGGGACAGUUUUCCAGGCAUGUCGGCUUUCUUUUGAAGGCAUUGCAGAAGAUGGGCUGGACCCCUGACCGCAUAGCCGAAGCCUGCACAGAUGAUUCCAUCAAGCACCGAAGAAGCACUCGCAAGGUCGGCCGGGCGCAAUUUGCUCGCGAGCUGGGAGACAAAUAUUUCACUGAAGAUGGAACUUGGAAAGUCUCCGCAUCCAGCCAGCUUGGAGCUGCUCCGUUGCUUCACUUCCUCAUUCGUUUCAUAGUCUUUCCAACCGUAACUUGUCCUGACAUGAAGAAGGAAUUGCGGGCGUUUCUCCUUCUCGGCUCCGUCCUAUCUUUGUGGAUGCAGAUCAAGUUUACUCCUUACGGUGAGACUGUGCGGAAGCACGCUGAAUCGGCUGAAGCUCUGCGGAAUCAUGCGGAAGCAUUGGCAUGCCGUUUCCAGAACGCCAUCAACGCCUACAUUGCUGCUUUUCAUGAGGUCUACGGCUUGGAGAAGAUGAGGCCAAAAACACAUUACAUGCUGCACUUAGUGCAGCAGUACAGAGACCACUGUCGGAUGCUGGAUGCUUUCGUUCUCGAGCGCAAACAUCGCGCCGCAAAGACCAAAAUCGAGCAUCUGUCCGGAAAGGGACACAAUUCGGUGGUGUCCGUGCUGCACUCCCUUUGGAGUCUGCAGAUUUCCGAAAUCCGCGAAGAACAACCCUUCGGUUUCAGUUGCGACGGAAAUCGCUUGGAUUCUGGGCCCUACAAGAUUGAGCUUGGCCAAGUCGUUUGGUUUCCUUUGCACCGCAAAGCAGGUUUGGUGGAAGAAAUUUGGCUGGAAAAGCAAAUCAUCUGGAUCUCUCUCAAAGCGUUCAUGGAAGUCAAGACAGAGCCUGGGUGUUUAGUGUUUGCAGAACCACUGCAAAGAAUGCGAGCCUGCCUGCAGCAGCACCAAUUCUUGCUGCCGCCUUGCUGGAUGCUGGAAGGAAACUCUUUGACGAUGUUGUUCUGA